GCACGAGCGCAAAGUUACGGCGGCGUGGGUGCGCGUGGUCAUGGCUACCCAGGAAGGCAAUGCAGCCGGCAUCAGGUUUUUCCUCACGUCGUCCAAGAAGUUGUCCCGGCAAGACCGCGUAGCAGUUGGCCUCAAGGAUGUACAGCAGUUCUUGGAAGCAUCGAAGGAGACAGGGGACCCAGAGAAGUUCGAAAGGGCUGUGAACGACGGAAUCUUCCUGGCCAUGCACAUCUAUGCCCUGGAGGCCAACGCACAGCUUGGGCCGAACAUGUGGUCGGCAGCCCUGAUGGAGGACGCGAGCGUACCCGGCGCCAGCGGCGAGGACGUCGACCGCGCCCUCCGCAGGGGCCUGCCGCCAGGGGCGAUCUCCGCCGAGGAGGUGCGGGAGGUCGUCAGCGCCCUGGUCGCAGCCGCGUGGGGCAAGGCGCCGUUCGGCGCCGAGCAGCUCGAGACCGCGCCGCUCGCCGUCUCCGCCUGCCCGUCCUACGCCUGCCUCCAGAUCUCCAUCGGUGUGUUAUGGGGCUACGCGCUCCGCGCCCUGACGAUGCGGCUGGCGCUCGACCGCGCGCUGGGCACCGUGCCCGAGAGCGCGAAUGCCGCCCGGCGGCGGCUGGAGCGGGCGUUUGCGGACGACGGCGGCGAGGCCGCCGCCUCUGCUUCAGAGGUCGACGACCGACCGUCGCUGCACCGCUACGCCUCCGAGUUCUUCGGCCACCGGGACUGGGCGGCCCUGUGUCGGUUGUCCGACAGCGCGGUUGGAGUUCUGGAGGGCGAGUUUGCUCAGGCAACUCCAGCGCUGGCACUGUUAGCUGGCCGUCUGGGCGCUGGCCUGGACUAUUUCGACGGCGGCAUUCGCGGGGGUGUGAAGAACGACGAGAUCAGUUUCGUCGACUGGAGCGAGUUCUCCGAUUGGAGCGACUUCUCCGAUGACUCCGAUGAUGAGGACUCCGACGACGAAAACCUGCCCGAGGACCUGGAGGACCUGGAUCAGUUGGUGACGCUGUCCCUGCAGGACUGGGAGGGGAUGCAGCGGCGAUCGAUCGUGGUGGGCGCGCUCUUGGCGGACGCCGAGGCAUUCGUGGAUCAGCAGGUGGGGCCCCUGCAGCGCGGCCGGCGCCGCGGGGCAGAUUGGGUGGACCGCCUGAUCCGCGCAGGGGCGCUGACCGCCGUCCGCAGGGAGCAGGCGGCCGUGCUGGCGGUGCGGCUGAGCCUGCCGCUGCAGCGCCUGGCGGAAGCUCUGCGCGGGUCCCUCUUGGCGUCCAAGCUGAGGUCGGCGCGGGAAGGGCUGAGCCGGAUCUACGCCCUGCGGCCGCGGAGCGGCCGCGGGGCCCGCGCCGGCGGGGGCGAGAGCGGUCCCGCGCCGGGCUGA